UGACUUUAAAAUGGACCCUGUCAGCCAUGUCAGCUGUGAUCUAUUUAUUUGAACAUUUUCUUGUGAUUUCUUAUUCCUUAGUGUAAUCUGAUAACUUUAAUGCAAAAGAAAUGAGUUUUAUACUUGAUGACAAUGGCAUGGGCAUGGAUGCUGCCACCACUGCUUUUCCUAACAUGACGACCGCGGCACCAACAGAGGCUCCAUUUCCAACUUAUGUUGGAUUCAUUGCAGCUGGAAUUUCUUGUUUCUUCUUUGGAAGCAAUUUUGCACCGAUCAAGACAUUUGAAACUGGUGAUGGCAUGUUUUUUCAAUGGGUUAUGACAACAGCAGUGUGGAAUGUUGGGUUGAUUGUGAAUGCUGUGCAGGGAUUCCCAACGUUUUAUCCACUGGCCAUGUUGGGUGGGUUUUUAUGGGCCACAGGAAACAUCUGCGUUGUGACCAUUGUGAAAACCAUUGGACUAAGUCUUGGAUUAUUGAUAUGGGCUUCAUUCAAUUUGAUAUCUGGCUGGGCAAGCGGAAGAUUUGGUUGGUUUGGCAUAAAACCAGAAGUUCCUAACAAUUUAGCAUUCAAUUAUGCCGGUGUUGGUUUGGCAGCAUUAAGCGCUAUAAUAUAUUUGUUCAUAAAGCCAAGCAUCCAGCAAAUAGAAACCGCCAACGUCCCUAUCGAAUCUUAUCAACCUAAACUGCCAUCUUCCGACGAUGAGGAAAGACUUUUAACCCUUUAUGGAACCCCAACCAGGCGGCGUGGUUCCCUCACAGGCAGCGGUUCUCACACAGUAAGCAGUCAGUCCACAGUACAGAUCUCAGGCGGGGAUGAUGACACAAAUGGCGAGACGUUCAUUGACCGUCUUAGUCCAUUGCAGAGAAGAAUACUUGGUACAGUGCUGGCUGCUAUAUCAGGUGUAUUCUAUGGCCUGUGCUUUACUCCUGUGAUUUAUGUCCAAGAUAAUUAUCCUGGCGCUAGUAAAGAUGGUUUAGACUAUGUGUUUGCACAUUUCUGCGGGAUCUACGCCACCAGCGUGUUCUAUUUUUUCGUAUACUGUAUAAUCAUGAAGAACAAGCCUCGAGUUUACCCAAAAGCCAUUCUCCCUGGGAUUGUGAGUGGGGCGAUGUGGGGUGUCGCACAGACGGGCUGGUUCAUAGCCAAUGAGACACUGUCGGAGCCUGUCAGCUUUCCUAUCAUCACAACGGGUCCUGCUCUGAUAGCAUCCUUAUGGGGAGUCUUCGUCUUCAAAGAAAUACAGGGUUGCCGAAACCUGGUCAUCCUUGUGAUCGCCUUCUGUGUCACCAUCAGCGGGGCACUUCUCUCGGCAUUCUCAAAGAUGUAGUACAGGACUUGAACAACAGUUUGGAUGAUAUUUACAUGUAUACUCUGAUUCCAUGACUCAAAUGUUGAGAAUUCAGAACUUUACCGCAUUCAUUCAGAAGACAUGUGUAUCAUAAUGUCGGCCUAUAUGUAUAAGAAACAGGACUUUUCUCUUGGCACUCUCAAAGACGGAGUAAAAGCUUACCGACAGACACAGAGAUAACUACUUAGAUGAGACUUAUACUCAAAUGUGCAAAAUCAUUCCCAAUGCAUGUGGAUUUUAAUUACAUUUAUGUAAGUCUACAUGUACAAGAGUGAAUGUGAAAGAGGACAAGAGGACCCUUCUCUUGGCAUUCUCAAAGAUGUUGUGGAGGCUUGUGAGCAAAUAUAGAGACAAUGGCUUAGAUGCAAUUUAAACUCUAAUAAUGUGUAGAAUCCAAAUAUGUAUAUAAUUCAUUCGGAUUACUUGUGGAUCAUAUCGUAGGCCUACAUGUACUAGGAAGUGUGUAGCAUUGCAUGCCACUUUGAACAGUUCUAUGAUUGUCUGCAGCGAGCAUGGGAAUGGUCUAAUACUCUGAAGAGAAGUUUCUUUCUUAGCCGUUUAUAUUGUUAUAUCGGUGCCUAACUUAUUCUGUGAAUGUUACAUAAUAUUUAGAUUUGUCUAUUUACGUGUCCUUUGUAUUAAAUAAAAAACAUCUGCCCAUCCAUUUUUCUGAGCAGGUUACCCAUAUGCUUGUUAGGUUGUUCCUUUUAAAUGAAAGGGCAGUAACAAAAUAUUUGAACCUUUGUACGUGUUCAGUUACUUACUAUAUUUUACUUCAUGUACUCAAAUUUUUAAAUGAUGACGCUGUAAAUAGUAGAAGCAUAAAUCUUGUAAAUAAAUUUUGAUAAAAGAUAGUGAUUCAA